AUCUCUCUCCUUAGAAAGAAAAGAGAAAGAUUUCGCAACAGGACACUGCAGAGAAACAACACAGAUUUUCUCAGCUUCAAAUUAUCCCCCACCCCCUAAUCUUCUAAUAUUAUUAAUAUUUCCUGUUUCCUCUCUUUCCUCUGUCACUCGAUUCAUCAAAUCCCUUUUUUCCCCCUCAACCCCCAUUGUCACACCCCAUAUAACAACCCCUCCUCCCCUCCUUUUCUUCCCAUUCCUCAUCAGCUUCAAAACCCUUUGUUCCCUUUGUUCAUUUCAUGAUGUUUUAGCUUUGGUGUUGAAGUUUAGGGUUCUUAGUUGUUUUUGGUUCCAGGUUUUUAAGGGUUUUGAAAAUGGACAGUUACCAUCAUUUUGACAAUGGUGAUACACAUUUGCCUCCUGGUUUUCGUUUCCAUCCUACCGAUGAAGAGCUUAUUACUUACUACCUGUUGAAGAAAGUUCUUGAUAGUAGCUUUACUGGUAGAGCUAUAGCUGAAGUUGACCUUAACAAGUGUGAGCCUUGGGAACUUCCUGAGAAAGCAAAGAUGGGAGAGAAAGAGUGGUAUUUUUUUAGUUUAAGAGAUAGGAAAUACCCAACUGGGUUGAGAACUAACCGAGCUACUGAAGCUGGUUAUUGGAAAGCUACUGGGAAAGAUAGGGAGAUUUACAGCUCAAAGACGAGUGCACUUGUUGGGAUGAAGAAAACCCUUGUUUUUUAUAGAGGUAGAGCUCCUAAAGGAGAAAAAAGCAACUGGGUCAUGCAUGAAUAUCGCCUCGAAGGAAAAUUUGCUUACCAUUAUCUCUCCAGAAGCUCAAAGGAUGAAUGGGUUAUAUCCAGGGUUUUUCAGAAGAGUGGCUCCGGCAAUGGUGCAAGCAGCAGCAAUGGCGGCGGAGCAAGGAAGACUGGCCGUAUGAGUGCCUCCAUUGCUCUUUAUCAAGAACCUAGCUCUCCUUCCACCAUCUCCCUUCCACCUCUCCUUGAUCCCACCACCACUGCCGUUUCCCUCACCGACCGUGACAGCUGCUCCUACGACAGCCAUACACAAUCUGAGCACGUGUCCUGUUUCUCCACCAUUGCUGCUGCAGCUGCCUCCGCUGCUGCCACUUCCACAACCACCCCACAUCUCUUCCACCCGGGUUUCGACCUAGCAAUGCCACCACAAUCACCCCAAAUGAUGAACAACGGUUUUGAUUCAAUCUCAAGGUAUUCGCGAAAUCCCGGUGUUUCAGUAUUCCCUAGCUUGAGGUCUCUACAGGAGAAUUUGCAGUUCCCUUUCUUUUUCUCUCAGCCGACAAUGGCAGCAGCACCGCCACUUCACGGUGGUUCACCAUUGAACUUCGGCGCUGUAUCCGAGGAAGGUAACAACGGUUCCGGUGCUGGUGCUAAGAUAUCCAUUGGUCCAUCUGAGUUCGAUUGCAUGUGGACUUACUGAUCAAACUACAACUCGAGGAAUAUUUUUCAGCCAUUAAUGUGUGUGUGUGUGUGUCUUUUGGAAAAGAACUUUUUCUUCAAAUUAUCCAACUAUGUUGUCAUUAGGAUUAGGCGUAGAAUAGGACGGGUGAUUAGUGAUUAACGUCAGCUAAGAUUUCCCUUUCAUGUCUGUAAGAUUACCAUUAAUUAAUCUUAGUUUUGCUGGUUAAAAUGAUGGUGACUUAUGCAUGGUUGAUAAGUAUGUUUCAACUAUGAGAUCACAACAGUCAAUUUACCCCUUCCUCUUUUUUCCCCUUUCCCCGUCCAAAUC